AUGAAGUCGAUGGUGCAAGCGGACUGUGGAGGGCCGAAUGCACUUGUGAGUCUCGCCCAGAACUACGGUGCUUCCAAUCAGCGCGCAGCUCAGACUGUUAAAAGUGGGUUCUAUUCGCUUUUGCCUUCAUCUUCUGUUGGUGAACAGUUCGCAGAUGAUUUCCUACGACAGAAAGCAUUGGCCACUCCAGCGCCAUCGACAUUUGAUAUGAAGGCACUUGCUACACAACUUCCAAGUAUAUCAACAUCGGCGAGGAAUCUGGCAAACAAAUGGUCGUCAGAAUAUAUUGCUCAAUCUGGACAUCAGCUUGCAUCGAUAUGGUCACAGCAAUACGCAGCAGGACAACCAUCUUACGAGACUACGUGGGCGAGUGCCGUGAGCACGGCGCCACCGCAUCCAACAGUAUUGCAGAGCGAAUUGGCUGACAGUUGGGCACAAGAGUUCACUUCUACUGAAGAAGACUUAUGGGAAAGCUUGGAGAAAGAAUGGCAAGCGGUUCAACCGAAUAUCGCCUUUACUCAAACAGAAGAGAUAACUAACUUUCGACACGAGCUAUAUGUUCACCAAGCUCACAAUCCAUUCCUAUCCCAUGCCGAUCCUAUGGCUGAGGGCGACCGAUUUAUGCAAUCUGGAGACCUCGGUAGCGCCAUGCUUGCUUAUGAGGCCGCUGUGCAGAAGAAUCCCAAUGAUGCCAAAGAGACUAAUAUUCUUCUGUUCUCAAAGAAAGAUUCUAAUGAAGUCGUCGAUGAAUUCAACGAGUUGCAGGCUUGGUGUCAUCUUGGUUUGUCGCAUGCAGAGAAUGAGAACGAUUCUAAAGCCAUACUAGCUCUCAAUGAAUGUCUGAAAAUUCAGCCGGAUUAUCAGCAGGCUCUUCUUGCCCUAGCAGUCUCACUGACGAACGAGUCAGCCGACAACAGCGCCCUGACUCAGCUAGAGAAGUGGCUGGUGGCUCAUCAGGGCGGUGAUCCCACGAUUGUGCAGCAGAGAGCACGUGCUGCCUUUAGCUCCUUCCUCGAUGCUGACACCUUCAAACAGGAUCCACGUCUUUGGAAUCGCCUCGGCGCCACUUUAGCGAACGGCAAUCGUACUCCAGAAGCCGUGGCUGCGUAUCGAGAAGCACUCAAGAGGUAUCCACUCUACGUACGAGCACGCUAUAAUCUUGGAAUCAGCUGUCUUCACCUUAACAGUUAUAGGGAAGCAAUCGAGCACUUCGUGUCCGCCUUGGAGCUACAAAAGGGAAGCGCGGACACUUCGCCUAUUUGGCCGACAAUGCAGUCAGCAACCAUUCGGAUGCAAGACGCACCUGAUACGCUCUUUUCAGCACUGAGUCGACGAGACUUGAACGCUUUCAAAGCAGUACUUAUGCAGACACGAUCAAUUUGA